AUGGCAACCCCGUUCAAUCCUUUCGGUGCUCCUCGUGGAAAUGCACAGGCGAGCGCCACGAGCACUCCGGGGCGUGGUCGUGGAGUAUCAGCAGCACGUGGGACGACAUAUCAGCCUAGAGGUUCCGGGUCCAGAGCAUCAAAAUGGCGUGGCGCAGGACGGGGCCAAUCUAUGCCUCGUGGUCGAGGACGCGGCGCUAGCGUUGCGCACUCGGGUGUUUCGCACUCUGCAGCAUUGACAUCACAAUUGCAAACCUCUGCCAACAUUGAUUCGCCAUUCGCUCAGAUCGACCAACAGAAAGUCACUGGGAAUCCGUUCGGCAAUCAGACAACACAGCAGUCACAAUCGCCCUUUUCUGCCAUCGCAAACGGCACGACCAUUCGAAACGGUCAAUUUGCUCCACGAGGCGGAUUCAAAAAAGACCCCCAGCGUCAAUCGCCAAGCAGCAGUAUACACAGUGGAUCAAUGGCAUCUGUACCCGUGGAGGAUGCAUCCUCUGUGGCCUCAUACCAUGAAAGAUACGAGCAGCUUAAACUCGAUCGAGCGAAACAGCGCCAGCAAGCAAUUCGAGAUGGGCAAAUGGCCGAUCCGAAUCAGCCUACAUCUCUGAAUCACGCUAUCACCCCGGUGGGCACGUGUACCAGCAUGUGUCCUGAAUUCGAACGCGUGGAGCGCAUCGUCCAAAAGAUGAUCGACAAAAGCGAAAAAGUAUCACUCGCGUCUUUUCUCAUUCACUUGACCCCGCUAAUCAUCAACACUCAGUAUCUACACCCAUCGACCAAUACUCUUCAAAACAUGGAAAUGAAGAUGCUGAAGCGUUUCCGACGUUCAGCGGCUGGCUACGACGAACAACUGCCUUCUGAUAUUCGAACACCAAAGACGCUUCUUCAAGCUACGAACUACCUGGUUCGCCAUGUUGUUGGAGGUAACGAGCCUUUGGGUAUAAUCCACAAGUUUGUUUGGGAUCGGACACGAUCUAUCAGAAAUGACUUUUCCGUCCAGCAGGUUACUCACGAGGAGGAUGUCAAGAUCGCAGUAACUUGUUUGGAGAGAAUCGCGCGCUUCCACAUCGUGUCGCUUCACCUUCUUUCCAGUCCAGCAAAUGAGGAACCUUUUGACCGUCACCAAGAACGCGAGCAGUUGAAUAACACGAUGCUUUCGCUGAUGUACUAUUACGACGAUAACCGUGGACGCAUUCCUUUCCCAAAUGAAGAGGAAUUCCGCGCGUACUAUAUUCUUUUCUCCAUUCACGAUCAGCGCCCUGAUCUCGAAGCUCGUGUCCAGAAGUGGCCCCUCUCGUUGCAGAAUUCUCCUCGGGUCCAGGUCGCUUUGGAGCUGUACGCAGCUUCUUGCAACACAUGGGACUACCAGGGCACACUGGAUACGCGUCGACCUAAUGCAAUCGCCCAGGGAUUCUACACUCGAUUUUUCAACAUCAUCAAUUCACGGAGUGUGUCCUACUUGAUGGCAUGUGUCGCCGAGAUCUACUUCAACCACGUACGGCAAACGGCUAUUCGCGCGAUCUGGAAAGGCUACUGCCGUCAGCCAGUUUCCCAACAAUCUAAGAACGAUGAGUGGACUGUGGACGAGCUGACCCGAGCUCUACACUUUGAUGACGAUGAGCAGACGAUCCAGUUCUGCAAUGAUCAGGAUCUGACACUGGGUGAAAAUGCUAGCGGCCAACUUUACCUUGACUGGGGCAGCCGUCCUGUUGACUCAAUCGCAUUCUCCCCAUCAUCAGAGCACUCCUUCUCUGAAUCCUACGUCGAGUCAAAGCGGUCGGGAAGAUCUUUGGUGGCUGUUAUUCUGGGGAUGAACAUUCGAGAGGCUGCGAGAAUGGGCAUGGUUGACAAAUCUUACUUAAAUCAACGGGUAGACAAGUCGGCGGACAUGCCUAUUGAUGAUGACUCUCUUUUCGUCAGUGACGAGUUUAACCAGACACCUGCUCCGGUGGUGGAGAUGAAUUCUCCAUCACUUGACGGUGAGGUGGAGUCCAACACUAGCAAUGUCUUCCAGAACCCUGUGCCGUCGUCGUCUGUCAACCCAUUUGCCAAUGUUCAUUCUCCUGCCCAGCAACCUUCAAAUCCUCCCCAAACUUCUUCCCCCGCAAAUCCCUUUGCUUCAAUGUUUUCUGCUGCACCGGCGGCAAACAACCCUCCCGCAUCCUCUACGCCCGUUCUCAAUCCCUUCUCUUCGAUGAUUUCCAGUGGUGCUACUGUGAAACCCCCUUCUGCCCCGUCAGCCCCAUCAGCCCCAAGCGCAAACCCUUUCACUUCCAUGUUCUCUGGUGGCACGGCUGUCAGCAGUCCUUCUGUGCCGGCGGCCAGCAAUGCAUUUGCUGCGCCAGCACCUCAAGCACAGGUCUUCUCUGAGCCGUCUCUCUCCCCAUUCUCUUUCUCUAACCCCCCCGAGACGAGUCAAAAAGAAGAGACGCCUGCGACUACUACUGCUCCCUCGCCAUUCUCCUUGUUCAACCCAUCCGAGACAGUUGAGAAACAAGAUACACCCGCGCUUACUACCGUGCCUGUCGCACCCGCUCAGUCCACUUCGGUUUUCCUAGGUGGCAGUUUUCCAACCGCGACAUCAGAGGCCUCGACUGCAAAGCUCAACCCUUUUGCAGACUCUCUAUCCUCCUUUGCAUCGCCGAAGCCUUCUGAACCAAGCCAAAACAGUGCCUUCCCGAAUUCAUCUUCACUCUUCCCUACCACGAAACCCCUCUUCCAACCUGCGGCCGCCAACGAUAUCUCCUCCGCGGCUACUCCCACCGCGGCUGCGGAGCCUGCCACGGAAUCAAGCUCGCCAUUCAGCUACGCAAGCCCGGCGCCACUUCCUUCAUCUUCGUCCUCGUUCAAACCCCCUACUACGACAACCACAGCUUCGAAGGAAACCAACCCAUUCUCGUUCGCCGCGCCAAAUGCGUCUGCGCAAGAGUCGUCUAGCUUGUUCAGGCCUGUUCAACCGACAGCAACUGCACAAGGUCACUCGCAGUCUCUGUUUAUGCCUUCGAAGCCUGACUCUGGCACUUCCUCGCAAAGCCCGAGUUCGAUGUUUGGUCAGAGCACAUUCGCACCCAGAAACUCCACUCCUACGUUUGGCGACAAUCAGACUCCGGAACCUUUGUUCCCCAGCGCUGCGACAGCACCUUCUGUAGAACAAAGGGGGCAUGAAUCACAGCCCGAGGAAACGGGAACUGCCACAACACCUCCCGGGUCGCCCAAGAUCGCCCCAGCCAAGACCAAUCUCUUUAACCUUGACCAUGGAUCAGAGGCUCCAGCCAAAAUUCGACCAGAGUCAAUGGAGCCCAAAAACCACGUUCUGGAGGACAACGUGGUUGCCACUACACAGCGGCCUACUCAACCUACCAGCAGCUUAGAAACAGACGAAUGGCAACCACCUGUCUACGCAACGGUUGAAGAGCAGACGGCUGCCUGGGAGAAGUUCCUUUAUCGGGACUUCCCUGGAGGUGUGCGCCCGGAGCCCGAACAAGGAAGGAAACGGGCAUUCGAAGCGCCAGUGUCUACUGAAUCGACUACGGAUGAACCUGGAUCAAAAUCUGUCAAGAUAUCGGAGACGACGAGAAUAUCUCCUCCUGCCAAGAGAUAUUCCCUCAUCGAGCAAUACAGCAGGGCAGUCCCAUCUCUGCCUUGUCUGGAACGCGCCAAAGAACUUUGCAAGCCGAAGUCCCCGACAAAGGAAGAACUGCAAGCGGCAAAGCCAAACAAGCGUCAAAUUGAUGAAGACGAGCUGCUCCUGAAUGACGCUCGGAUCGCAGCUGAGCAGUUGCGGAACGGAAGCAUCUUCGAUGGCAUUUCUCCAUACAGUGAGCUGUUCCGCUCCUCCUACAGUCCCCGUAGCAGCUUUGGAUUCCCCCGGCCUUUUACUCAAAGUCUAUCGCCUCCGGCGCGGCCGACACACAAUCACGAGGUCGCAUACGCCCCUGAGACUACAGACGGCUUUGGCAGGACCAUGUCUCGUACAGAGCAACGAAUCCGAAUGACCGGCGCGCAUGGUUUGGCCUACAAGCCUUUAGACUUUUCACGAAAGGAGAGAGACGAGUUCGCGCGGAAGGAGAAGGAGAGGGAAGAGAGAGAGGAACUUGCGCGGAAGAACAGGAACAAGUUCCGUCAAAGCAGGUAG